UCCCCUUCAGUCUUGCACAGGUGUACCGGCUCUUCCCCUUCAGUCUUGCACAGGUGUACCUGCUCCUCCCCUUCAGUCUUGCACAGGUGUACCGGCUCCUCCCCUUCAGUCUUGCACAGGUGUACCGACUCCUCCCCUCCAGUCUUGCACAGGUGUACCGACUCCUCCCCUCCAGUCUUGCACAGGUGUACCGACUCCUCCCCUCCAGUCUUGCACAGGUGUACCGACUCCUCCCCUCCAGUCUUGCACAGGUGUACCGGCUCCUCCCCUUCAGUCUUGCACAGGUGUACCGACUCCUCCCCUCCAGUCUUGCACAGGUGUACCGACUCCUCCCCUCCAGUCUUGCACAGGUGUACCGACUCCUCCCCUCCAGUCUUGCACAGGUGUACCGACUCCUUCCCUCCAGUCUUGCACAGGUGUACCGGCUCCUCCCUUCAGUCUUGCACAGGUGUACUGGCUCCUCCCCUUCAGUCUUGCAUAGGUGUACCGGCUCCUCCCCUUCAGUCUUGCACAGGUUUACUGGCUCCUCCCCUUCAGUCUUGCACAGGUGUACCAGCUCCUCCCCUUCAGUCU